ACCGAGCUGAGUGCACGCGCCAUGCGCGCACACACAGAACACCUGCACGCAGUGCUGCCGUGUCGGAGGACCAAACGAAAGCAAUUCAGCACCUUUGACGGGAAAGCCGUCGUAUACGCGUGUUAUUAAUAGGAUAUGCUGAUGAUUUCGGAAGCUGAAUAAGCGAGUAUUGAUGCGGUGUGAGGAGUGCAGGAGCCUCUGAUGUGCAGCCCUCAUUAGUCCAGCUUCUCCGUGUGCGCGCGUGUGUGUGGACAGGAUGAGUCCGCUGGCUCUGCUGGCCAGGACCCUGCGCUGUGUGCUGCUGCGGCCCGGGGGUCUGCUGCUGCUGGGUUUCAGUCUGGCGCUCUGGAGCUUCAUCUUCCACACCGGCGAGCUGCAGGGACUGCUGCAGAUGCUGAGGGGCCGGGCGGCGGGGCCGGGGCUGCCGGUGCCGCUGCUGCCGCGGGACGGGCCGCCGGAGGAGCAGCUUUCCAACACCUGGCAGCUCCGGAGCGGCGCCGCGGCCGUCUACUCCAUCCAGGGCCGCAGAGAUCACAUGGAGGACCGCUUCGACAUCCUCACCGACACUCGCAACCGCAGCCACCCCGCCAUAUUCAGCAUCUACGACGGACACGGAGGAGAGGCAGCAGCGGAGUACGCUAAGGCUCAUCUGCCCAUCAUGUUGCGUCAGCAGCUCCAGCGCUACGAGCGGCAGAAGGAGAACAGCGCGGUCAGCCGGCAGGCCAUCCUCCGACAGCAGAUCCUCAACAUGGACCGAGAGAUUCUGGAGAAACUGACGGCAUCCUAUGAUGAAGCAGGAACCACGUGUCUGGUGGCUCUGCUGUCGGAGAAAGAGCUCACCGUAGCAAAUGUCGGAGAUUCACGAGCAGUUCUGUGUGAUAAAGAUGGAAACGCCAUCCCGCUGUCACAUGACCACAAACCCUACCAGCUCAAAGAGCGCAAGAGGAUCAAGAAGGCAGGAGGCUUCAUCAGCUUCAGUGGCUCGUGGCGGGUUCAGGGCGUCCUCUCCAUGUCCCGCUCUCUGGGAGAUUUUCCGCUCAAGAAGCUGAAGGUGCUGAUCCCCGACCCCGACCUCAUGACCUUUGACCUGGACACACUUCAGCCGCAGUUCAUGAUUCUGGCGUCAGACGGCCUCUGGGACACCUUCAGCAACGAGGAGGCCGUGCACUUCAUUAAAGAGCGCCUGGACGAGCCUCACUUCGGCGCUAAAAGCAUCGUCCUGCAGUCGUUCUACCGCGGAUGCCCAGACAACAUCACCGUCAUGGUGGUCAAGUUUAAGAAGAGAGCCGGUAAUAAAGACUAAUAAUGAUGUCAUGCAAGCAAACGAGUGACUGGAUGAAUGAAAAAAGGGGAGAGUUCACCCAAAUAUUCUUAAUGUUUUAAACCAUUAUGAGUUUCUAUUAUCAGAUGAACACAAUAGAACAUGUGAAGUGUUUUACUAGAUAUGAGAUAAGAUAUGCUUCCAAAUAAACUUGAGUAAAAAUGAGUUCCCGCUAAAAUUAAGGAGAAAAAAAUUGAAAGUUUUUGUUUUACAGUGUAAAUGAACAACAUAGGCUCAGUCUGAAAACAGAGCCCUGUAAACAUUCAUGGAGAUCACGAAUGAUGUUGUCAGAGGAACGUAUGGCUGCAUUUCAUCUUCAAAAUGAACGCUAUGAGGCGUUGCUUUUCGCUCUACCAGGUGACCGCUUACCUCCAUGUGGACGGCUGUCCCACUGUUUGCCCAUGGGUUGUCUCAGGCCCCGUUUACACUAGUGCGUUUUAGUUUUAAAACAGCGUUUUAGAAUGAAAACGAUCCGCGUCCACACUUGCGUUUUACCCAGCGUUUCUGAACUGCUUUCCAUCCACACCUAAACGCUGAAAACGCACAUGACGUGACCACACACACACACUCUCAGGCUGCAGCAUUUCUACCCAGAUGAGAGCUGUGCUGGUCGGACUGCUCAUCAAGCAUCUCCCGCUGGAUCUAAUCUCACUAUAUUUGCUAAACGGGAUGUUUCAUUCAUCUUGUUGUCUUUAUCUAACGACAUAUUCCCUGACUUUGGUCAUUGGAAUCUAUUACUUGUUCUCAGGUAACGUGUUUUGGCUGAGCGCAAAGAUAAGUUGAUGAUUAAUCCAUGUACAUUGACUGAUCGCUUGCCUUUAUUUCCUAUAAUGUAUAAAGUUAUUGUAUGUUAUACUUUUAUAAUGGCCAUUAUCGAUUAUUAAAACUGAUAUUCAGCAAAAGAGAGGCUGUGUUUCGUAUUUUCACUGAAAUUGAAAGGAGGCAGUUGUUAUCGGCUCCGUUUUGUUAUAAAUAUGCACACAGUGAAGAUGACGCUCAUAUAUGCAGCACGACGCCUCAACAUUUCUGCUGCCUGUUAAGUUGCUAAUAUUAAAAUGAAAAUAGUCAGUUCCUUAAAUCAUGUUUACAUUUUAUUUUUACGUUUUAUUUACGCGUGUCCUCGGUAUAUAGUCUGUUUUCCAUAUCAAACUGAGAAGGGGGAGACUGCAGCCUUGAUCAAACUUGCGAAGUCUGAACUUACAAGAAGAGGAUGCGAGACUGUGUGUGUAGGCUACUUAAAAUUGAGGAAAAGCCCCAAUCAGAUAGGUGAACGUCUGCAGCUCCGCCUCCGUUUUCAGAUGUCUCCGUUUUCCCCCAUCCACACUGAGACGGAGCAGCUGCGUUUCAGAAUGAAAACAGCCUCUCCAGCGUUUUCGAAACGCUCCGUUUUCGGCGCUCGAGAACUUUGGCGUAGUGUGGACGGAUAAUGUAACCGUAGCAAAACUUAUGCGUUUUAAAACUAAAACGCAUUAGUGUAAACGGGGCCUCAUACGGCAGCAGAUUUGAGAUGCAAGGAGUUGAACGUGACGACCGGGUUUGAGUCCAGUGAAGAUUUGUUUGAGGAGACAAGUUAUGCCUAGUUCAGACUGCG